AAAUAAAAAUAAUACUUAAAAAUGGUGGUCAAACAAAAUUCGCAAGUGAAAGAAAAUGGCAGUGUCUAUCAAUCACUAACCCCACAUGUGGCCACAGCGCCACCAACGACUCCACUGAACAGAGCAAUUAAACACGAUCUAUUCCCAGAAGUGAAAUUUUGUAAUUUAUCAGCAAGUGAUUUGGACGACAACGAAUCCAAUUGUCAAGUGCUGAAGAAUAGCAUCAUAACAAUUGAUGACACGCACAAUACCACAGUUAUAACCACUACCAGCUUCGCUAAUGGCAAUAACUUGAAGAAACGUACACGUUUGAUAUCAAAUGAAUCUGGUGAUUCUAUUGAUUCGAGCUCAACAGAUAAAAAGAAACCGGAAAUUCCCGAUGGUGGUUACGGUUGGGUAGUUGUGCUCGCCUCAUUAGUGGUUUCACUAAUAGCCGAUGGUCUAUCGUUUUCCUUCGGUUUAAUACACACAGAAUUGCUUGCAUACUUUAGAGAAUCACCCUCAAAAACUGCUUGGAUCAGUUCAUUAUUUUUCUCAGUACCACUUUUAAUGGGUCCGAUUUGGUCGAAUUUAGUAGAUAAAUAUGGCUGCCGUAAAAUGACUAUGUUUGGAGGAUUGCUCUCGGCAUUUGGCUUUGGUUUAGCAUCUAUUUGCAAUUCGAUUGAGACUCUUAUGUUGACAUUUGGCAUUAUAUCUGGUUUAGGCCUUGGUAUUGGCUAUGUCACUGCAGUUGUGUCGGUAGCAUUCUGGUUUGACAAAAAGCGAACAUUUGCUACUGGUAUUGGAGCUUCUGGCACAGGUAUUGGAACUUUCCUAUAUGCACCCCUCACACAAUUUUUAAUUGACACAUAUGGCUGGCGUGGUGCUACACUAAUUUUGGCAGGCACGAUGUUAAAUACCUGCGUUUGCGGUGCACUUAUGCGUGACCCAGACUGGUUAAUUGAGGAAAAUAGACUUGAAAGUCGUUCUCAAAGUGAAACUACAUUCUCAAACUCAAGCGUUUGUUUAGAAGAAAUUAAAAAGUUACUUGACACUGGUGUUACCAAAGAGGCUGUAUUAGACACCUUGGUAACGAAAAAUAAUACUGAGGCUAAUCAACAAAUUGACGAUCCGCACGAUAGCAUGCUCAAACGUUAUCGUAGUGAGAUUUUUUUGCCUACAUUUCUUGGCUCUCAUGAACUUGACAAUAUCUAUGAAUUAAAAAGUUUAAGCAGACGUUCUCUACGGCAAAAGGAUGGUGUUGAAGCACCAUCACGUGAAAAUCUUUUGUCAAUGUCGUCCGCUGGUGCAACAAACAAUCCAACAGCUGCCAUAAUUGGUUCACCAGACGAUACAAAUAUAGGUGGUAUCGCUGAAGCAGCUGCUAAUGCUGCAAGGAAGAGUUAUUUAGCUUCAAUUGAAACAUUAUCUCCAUCGGAAAAACGUUCCAGCUAUGCAGAUACUCCUAUGCGUGCAUCGCUUGUAUCACUACGUUCAUUUGGCGAUGAUGAUUUUCUAACACAAAAAUAUAUCUACGAACAAAAUCAUGAUAACCUAGCAAAUUCGCGGUAUUCUUUAAACGAAAAUGUUUUUAUCGGUAAAAAUUUCAAAUCAUCAAUCGCAAAUUUAAAACUUAAUGGACUUCGUCACAAAUCAAUUGAUAUAAUAAGUGAAGACAUGCAUUCCUAUUACAACUCCAAUAAGGAUGAGGCAUUUGCACUUAUUGAGGUAAAUGUUAGAAAAUACAACGACAAGGGACCAGCUAUUAUUACUAUUCCUGAAAAUGAUGAACUCAAAAGAACUGCACCUGUAAAACGAGCACGUACUGAUAGCAUUAGUGGUAUGCGAAGAUUAUCGAAAUCGAAGAAACCAAGCUAUCGUUCGAAUUUACGACACAAUAUUUCUAUACGAAACUCAAAUUUUCUCAAGGAUAUGCGUAUACACCGCAACUCUAUACACUACCGCGGUGCUAUGUUAAAUACACAUCGUUACCAUUUGAGAGCCUCGUCUUGCCCAAAUAUUUACAGAAACUCUAUGACAACAAUCGCUAAGGAAGAAAAAGAUACCUGGUACGAUAACCUUCUUGAUACAGUGAAGUCUGUAUUUGAUUUCUCAUUAUUUGCGGACUUAAAAUUUACAUUCUUCAACUUAUCGACUCUAUUCCUAUUUAUAUGGUUUAUUAUACCCUAUCUCUAUUUACCGGAAUACAUGAGAAAUUAUGGUUACGAACCAGCUGAUAGUGCCCAAUUGAUCUCAGUGAUUGGCAUAGCACAGACCAUUGGCAUGAUAGGCUUAGGUUAUAUAGGUGACAGUUCAUGGAUGAAUGUUAAUAUCUGCUAUUCUAUAUGUAUGUUGUUUUGCGGUUUAUCGGUGCUUCUUAUGCCUUUGUUUAUAAAAAGUUAUGCGAUAUUGUUGGCAUUGUGUAUACUCUUCGGUUUCACUUUCGCCAGCUCUUUCUCGUUUACACCUAGCAUUUUAGUCAGUAUUGUGGAUUUGGAUGAUUUUACAUGUGCAUAUGGUUUGGUGCUCUUAGUACAAGGUGUUGGUAUGAUUGCUGGUCCACCAAUUGCUGGUGCUAUUUUCGAGUUUACAAAAGCCUGGGAUAAUGCUUUCUAUGUUGCUGGCAUAUUUAUAGCGCUGUCUGGUGUUGCGUCAUACAUGAUAGAAUUCUGCGAAAAGCGUUCCAAAGAAAGUGACAGUGAUGUAUCAGACACAAAGACAAAAGUUAACUUCAUGCAUUAAACUGCGCAAUUCGUUAACUGCUAAUACAGUUAAUAUGAAUUUUUUCUAAUAAAUAAUAGGUGAGAUCGACUGGCACCAAUUUCUUAACUUGUAGUAGUAGUUCAUGCUAAAGUUCGAAGUUAAUUACAUUUAAAAAAAUAUAAAGAAAUAUAAUAUAUACAUAUUUUAUGUUUAAGCAAAUUAUAAUCAAUGAAUUGUGUUAAUUCCGCAA